AUGCCAUCGCGAAGAAAGUCUGAUCGAUUACUCGAAUUGACGGGUACGAUUGAACCUGGUGGCGAUAAACAAAUUUUGGAUAAGCUGGAAGUAGAAAGGGCAAGAGGUAUUACUGUCAAGGCGCAAACAUGUAGUAUGUUAUGGAAUCAUGAAGGAGAAGAUUACCUGCUUCACUUGGUAGAUACGCCGGGACAUGUGGAUUUUCGAGCUGAGGUAUCAAGAUCUUAUGCUAGUUGUGGAGGGGCUCUAUUACUAGUAGAUGCAAGUCAAGGAGUACAGGCUCAAACGGUUGCAAACUUCUAUUUGGCAUUUUCACAGGGGUUGACAUUGGUACCGGUGGUUAAUAAGGUGGAUCUACCAACAGCAGAUCCACCAAGGGCAUUGGAGCAGAUGGAAAGUACAUUUGAAUUGGCGCCUGAGAAUGCGGUUUUGGUCAGCGCGAAGACGGGAUUGAAUGUUCCAGCUAUUCUUCCAAAUGUCAUCAGACAAAUUCCAGCUCCAGUUGGCGACCAUACGAAGCCACUAAGGUUAUUGUUGGUAGAUUCAUGGUAUGAUAAUUACAAAGGAGUUAUCUUACUAGUCAGGAUUUUCGAUGGGACAAUCAAGGCUGGAGACCAAAUCGUGAGUUUUGCAACUGGAAUUAAGUAUUUCGUUGGUGAAGUAGGUAUUAUGUAUCCAGAUCAGACUCCGCAAACUGUGUUGAGAGCUGGGCAGGUUGGAUAUAUCUACUUCAACCCUGGUAUGAAGAAGAGUCAGGAGGCCUUGAGUGGAGAUACAUUUACCACCGUUGGUUCAGAGCAUCUAGUAGAAGCAUAUCCUGGAUUCGAAGAGCCAAAGUCUAUGGUUUUCGUGGCUGCUUUUCCAGUCGACCAGGGUGACUAUCAUCAUUUAGAAGACUCCAUCAAUCAAAUCGUACUCAACGACAGGAGUGUAACUCUACAAAAAGAGUCUUCAGAGGCGCUCGGUGCGGGAUGGCGUUUAGGAUUCCUUGGUACUCUACAUUGUUCUGUAUUUGAGGACCGUUUGCGUCAAGAACAUGGUGCAAGUAUCAUCAUUACACCACCCACCGUGCCUUUCAAAGUCAUUUGGCGCGAUGGUACAGAGUCAAUUAUCCAAAAUCCUGCUCUCUUUCCCGAACACGAAACCACUAAUCAACGUGUCCAAGAACUUCAAGAGCCUUAUGUCUCUGCUACCAUUACUCUUCCCGAAGAAUAUCUUGGUAAAGUAAUUGAACUCUGUGAGGCCAACCGCGGUGAACAAGUCGAUCUCACCUUCUUUACCGCGACCCAAGUCAUUCUCAAAUACGAUCUUCCCCUCGCACAACUCGUGGAUGAUUUCUUCGGAAAACUCAAAGGUGCAACCAAAGGCUACGCAAGUCUCGAUUACGAAGAUGCCGGAUUCCGCAGAAGUAGCAUCGUGAAACUACAGCUCCUCGUCAACAAAGGACCAGUCGAUGCAGUGGCACGAGUAGUACACACAAGUCAAGUCGAAAAAAUCGGGAGACAAUGGGUAACGAAAUUCAAAGAACAUGUUGAUAGACAAAUGUUCGAGGUGAUCAUUCAAGCACAAGCAGGAAAGAGAAUCGUGGCGAGAGAAACUCUUAAACCGUUUAGAAAAGAUGUAUUGCAAAAGUUACACGCGAGUGAUAUUGGAAGAAGAAGAAAGUUAUUAGAUAGACAGAAAGAAGGAAGGAAGAAGCUGAAGGCCGUGGGCAAUAUCGCAAUUGAACAUGAAGCUUUCCAAAAGUUUUUGGCGAAGUAA